ACAUGCGCUGCUUAAGCACCUUGAGGGUUUUGUCCUUGAUCGCGAAAUGUGCGAUGCUGCAUCUUGCUGUUCUUCAGCACAUAAUUGCAUAACAGCUGUUUGUAUGUGCAAGAACGGCAUCAUGUGGUACUUCUGCAGUGCGACUUUAUCUGUUUUUCUGAAUUUCGGUUUUCUGUUCCACGCAUCCCAUUCAGCGUUUUUGUCGCUGAAGAGCAAAACGAAAAAUGUUACCGGUGCGGAUCGACAUUUCCAUCAUUCCAUAUGGUCCAAGUUUAGCGCACCAUUGAAAACAGGACCUCGGUGGAAAGCCGGUUUGGAUGAACUGGGUGGAUGUGGUAGGCCGCGUCUGGACAACGACGAUCCGUUCCAGCUAGUAGACGCUAAUACCCGCUUGGCCCGACCGGCGGUUUUAAAGUCCCUUAACAGCGCCAACAAGGUACGGCGGCGCGGUAACUUCACUUUGGAGACGACGAUAGUGGGCGGACAGGAUACUAUGCCGGGUGAUGUUUGUUGGCAAGCAAAAAUUCAUCGCGAUGGCUUCUUCUAUUGUGGAGGAUCGAUUAUUGGGAAACGAACAAUACUGACCGCUGCUCACUGUGUACACGAUUAUCAAGCGAACAAGGCCGUCGAACCCAUGCGAUUGUUGGUUACGGUGGGAGCUCCCUUGAGCAACACCAAUAACGCAGUUAAAGGCUCCAAAGACCCAUCGGGAUGUGCCCAGGAAUUCACGGUAUCUGAGGUCAUUCUCAAUUCGCGAUAUAAUAAAAAGAUCCAGGAGAACGAUAUUGCUUUGGUCAAACUGGGCAGUGAUAUUGAUUUCAAUCGCCGCUGCGUGUGCCCAGUAUGCUUGUUCUCUCGUCUCCCAUUGGUUGGAGAGAUCUGCUCUGUCAGCGGAUAUGGAAGAGAAACCGAGGCAGGAGUAGAAGGAAGAAAUCCUCGACCUUUAAAGUUUGCCCACAUCAACAUGUUGGAGACGAAAUUCGGAGACGAGUGCGCCAUCAACAAAGGUUACGGCGAGCCGCCAAAUCUCAACAAUCUCCUUUGUGCGGGUAAUGUUGUGGGCCAGGAUUCGUGCCAAGGCGACAGCGGAGGUCCCGCAGUAUGUUUCGACCAAAAAUCACGACGUCAUUAUCAAGCGGGGAUUGUAUCAUACGGCCGCGGAUGUGGACGAGGUAUCGGUGGGAUUUACACACGGGUGUCAAGUUUUUUAAACUGGAUCAAAGCCGUAGCCGGUGGGGACGUGUUGGGAAUGCAGAUUUGAUUUGAUUCAUUUGAAUAUGUCAUUUGACGUUUCGAGCAAUAAACUGUACAUACACAGUUUAUCUGAUAAGCAGAAAAACACGCUUCUUUAAUUUGGUGCUUUCGUCCCUCCCGAUUACCAUUCCUGCCACAGCUUAUUGGAUUACUUGUUAGUUAGCCUGCAUAUCGGUUAUACGCGGCAUCUUGACGUCUGGCAUGGAAUAAUCUCCAAACGCAGAUUUCCAUAGAGUAAUAAUUUGUCUGAAGAGUUUUCCUGACAGAUUUUAGACGAAUUUGAAGUGUCUGCACAAUGCUACCGGAAAA